GCCCACAGCUCCUGAGGGUCCCCAGGGAGAGUCUCCGUAAAGACGUGUCCCAAGCUUUCUGAGCGAGCAUCCCUGAGGUCAGGGGCGCGCGUGUGCGCUCCAGAGAGGGCGGGAGCGGCCUGGAGUGUGGAUGCGCAGGGUGUGCACGCCCUGAGUGCCUAGCGGCCCUUGGCUGGCCAGGCGGCUGGACCUGGUAGGCCGGGUGCAGAGCCCCGGGCACCCUCCUGCCCCCUGCGGCGCUCCCGCCCCCGUCGCCACCCCCUGCCCCCCCGCAAAGUGAUGUCGAAAUAAAAAGCCGCGUUGCGGCCGGUGGGGGAAGAGAGAGGCAGCGUGAGCACAAGGAAGGUAGGAAGGCCAGCGCCGCCGCAGGGGCUCGGUGCUCAAGUCUGUCCGUUGCCUGCCGCCACCUCCAUCCUAGCAGGGCCCCAUCGCCCACCAGGCGGAUAAAAGCAGUCCGCUGAACACCAUGCGGCCGCUCGGCGUGCCGCCCAGGCUCUGCUGGUGAGCGCCGCCACCCCGCGCCCAGGUCCCGCGAGCCCGCCUGCCGCGCACCUCGCCCUGCUCCCAGCUCUGCUCCGGCCCCGUCCGCCCGGGGGCGCCGCCCACCGCGCCUCGCUCGGCUUGAACUCCGGGUUGCUCCAACUCCGAGGGGAAAGGCCCCGCGUUCAGGGCCCCCAUGUGUGGCGGCCGCUUCUUUAUCGGAAAACAAGGAAGGAAAUUCGUUGUUUUGGAAAAAGCCUCCUCUCCCGAGGUUGGGAACAUCUGGUGGUGAGCUCCAGGUCUACGCAGGCACCCCGUACUGGGAUUCGUUUAUGAGCAGGCAGGAUUCGAGAACCAGGGCCGUUGCCGCCUCCACCCAGACCCCGAGCCGCCGCUGCCGGCCAUGGAGGUGGCGCCGGAGCAGCCGCGCUGGAUGGCGCACCCGGCCGUGCUGAAUGCGCAGCACCCCGACUCGCACCACCCGGGCCUGGCGCACAACUACAUGGAACCCGCGCAGCUGCUGCCUCCAGACGAGGUGGACGUCUUCUUCAAUCACCUGGACUCGCAGGGCAACCCCUACUACGCCAACCCGGCUCACGCGCGGGCGCGCGUCUCCUACAGCCCCGCGCACGCCCGCCUGACUGGAGGCCAGAUGUGCCGCCCACACUUGUUGCACAGCCCGGGUUUGCCCUGGCUGGACGGGGGCAAAGCAGCCCUCUCUGCCGCUGCGGCCCACCACCACAACCCGUGGACCGUGAGCCCCUUCUCCAAGACGCCACUGCACCCCUCAGCUGCUGGAGGCCCUGGAGGCCCACUCUCUGUGUACCCAGGGGCUGGGGGUGGGAGCGGGGGAGGCAGCGGGAGCUCAGUGGCCUCCCUCACUCCCACAGCAGCCCACUCUGGCUCCCACCUUUUCGGCUUCCCACCCACGCCACCGAAAGAAGUGUCUCCUGACCCCAGUACCACGGGGGCUGCUUCUCCAGGCUCAUCUUCCGCGGGGGGUAGCGCAGCCCGAGGAGAGGACAAGGACGGCGUCAAGUACCAGGUGUCACUGACGGAGAGCAUGAAGAUGGAAAGUGGCAGUCCCCUGCGCCCAGGCCUAGCCACUAUGGGCACCCAGCCUGCUACACACCACCCCAUCCCCACCUACCCCUCUUAUGUGCCGGCGGCGGCCCACGACUACAGCAGCGGACUCUUCCACCCCGGGGGCUUCCUGGGGGGACCGGCCUCCAGCUUCACCCCUAAGCAGCGCAGCAAGGCGCGUUCCUGUUCAGAAGGCCGGGAGUGCGUCAACUGCGGGGCCACAGCCACCCCUCUCUGGCGGCGGGACGGCACCGGCCACUACCUGUGCAAUGCCUGUGGCCUCUACCACAAAAUGAACGGGCAGAACCGGCCACUCAUCAAGCCCAAGCGAAGACUGUCGGCCGCCAGAAGAGCCGGCACCUGUUGUGCAAAUUGUCAGACGACAACCACCACCUUAUGGCGCCGAAACGCCAACGGGGACCCUGUCUGCAACGCCUGUGGCCUCUACUACAAGCUGCACAAUGUUAACAGGCCACUGACCAUGAAGAAGGAAGGGAUCCAGACUCGGAACCGGAAGAUGUCCAACAAGUCCAAGAAGAGCAAGAAAGGGGCGGAGUGCUUUGAGGAGCUGUCAAAGUGCAUGCAGGAGAAGUCAUCCCCCUUCAGUGCAGCUGCCCUGGCUGGACACAUGGCGCCUGUGGGCCACCUCCCGCCCUUCAGCCACUCCGGACACAUCCUGCCCACUCCGACGCCCAUACACCCCUCCUCGAGCCUCUCCUUCGGCCACCCCCACCCAUCCAGCAUGGUGACCGCUAUGGGCUAGAGAACAGAUGGACGUCGAGGACUGGGCACUCCCAGGAUGAGUGGACCAAACCCUUAGCUGCCCAGCAUUUCCCGAAGACCGACACCACUCCUGCCAGCCUGGCUCGGUCCAGCACCCCUUCCCCUGGAGGGUGCCCAGCAGCCUGCCAGCAGUUACUGUGAAUGUUCCCCACCGCUGAGAGACUGCCUCUGCACCCGGCCGCUGCCCAGGUGGGGUUUCCUGCAUGGACAGUUGUUUGGAGAACAACAAGGACAACUUUAUGGAGAGAAAAGGAGGGGACGGGACAGACGAAGGCAACCAUUUUUAGAAGGAAAAAGGAUUAGGCAAAAAUAAUUUAUUUUGCUCUUGUUUCUAACAAGGACUUGGAGACUUGGUGGUCUGAGCUGUCCCAAGUCCUCUGGUUCUUCCUCGGGACUUGGCGGGUCCACUUGCCGGGGCUCUGGGGGGCAGAUUUGUGGGGACCUCAGCCUGUACCCCCUUCUCCUCUGGCUUCCCUCUCAGAAACAGCCGAACUCCAGGCUGGGCUGAGCCAAAGCCAGAAGGGCCACGGGCCCGGGAGGGUGAGCUGGUGCCUGCUUUGACGGGCCAGGCCCUGGAGGGCAGAGACAAUCACGGGCGGUCCUGCACAGAUUCCCAGGCCAGGGCUGGGUCACAGGAAGGAAACAACAUUUUCUUGAAAGGGGAAACGUCUCCCAGAUCGCUCCCUUGGCUUUGAGGCCGAAGCUGGUGUAACUGUGUCCCCUUAGCGCAAGCCACAGCCCGUCUUGUUUGUCAGGUGGACCCUGUAAAUACAUCCUUUUUCUGCUAACCCUUCAACCCCCUCCCCUCCUACUCUGAGACAAAAGAAAAAAUAUUAAAAAAAAAUGCAUAAGCUUAACUCGCUGAUGAGUUAAUUGUUUUAUUUUUAAACUCUUUUUGGGUCCAGUCGAUUGUACAUAGCCACAGAAGCCCUGCUAUGAAAGGAGUAAACCCUACACACAAGGUUGGAGAUUUGCAAUUGUUUUUGGAAAAGAGCUGGGAUUCCACAGCCCUAGUAUGAAAGCUGGGAAUGGGGGAGGGGCCUUUACUGCCCUUGGUUUCCGGGGGCUGGUUGGCAUUUGCUGGCCUGGCAGGGGGUGAAGGCAGGAGUCGGGGGUAGGUCAGGACCAGGACCCAGGGAGAGGCUGUGUCCCUGCUGGGGUCCCAGGUCCAGCUUUGCUGUGGCUGUCUGGAUCCUUCCCAAGGUACAGCUGUAUAUAAAUGUGUCCCGAGCUUAGAUUCUGUAUGCGGUGAUGGCGGGGUGUGAUGGCCUGCGAGGGGCCCCUGGCCCAGGAGGAGGAUUGUGCUGAUGUAGUGACCAAGUGCAAUAUGGAUGGGCAGUCGCUGCGGGGAGCACCAAGGCCAGAAGUAACUUAUUCUGUACUAGUGUCCGCAUAAGAAAAAGAAUCGGCAGUAUUUUCUGUUUUUAUGUUUUAUUUGGCUUGUUUUAUUUUGGAUUAGUGAACUAAGUUAUUGUUAAUUAUGUACAACAUUUAUAUAUUGUCUGUAAAAAAUGUAUGCUAUCCUCUUAUUCCUUUAAAGCGAGUACUGUUAAGAAUAAUAAAAUACUUUUUGUGAAUGCCC